AGUCAAAUAGGAACUUGACCUCCAUGAUGGACAGUUAAUAAAGAAAGCGCAAUUGAUGCGCUGUUUGAAUAGACAGAAUGCAGAGUUUCAGAACAGCUUAUUUCCGUCUACCGAGUACACCAUUUUUUAUAUACACCAUUUGCCACACGGGGGCUUACUGCCUUCAAACUGGAAGAAGCUGUAUUAGGCUUGGUUUACCACGCCUAUCAGCAGCAGGGAAGACUUUCCGCCAGUCCCGUAGCUUUCACCUGAACCGGGCAGAUCUCGAAAUGUCUGAUCAAGGUUUAACAGACGAGGCUGUUGCAGCUGCAUGCAAGGAUGGAAAUCCAAUUACUAAGGAUUUCAUGAUGCAGCAGACUAUGCUGAGAGUUAAGGAUCCAGUGAAGUCCUUAGAUUUUUACACACGAAUCUUAGGAAUGACCUUGCUGCAGAAGCUAGAUUUUCCAGCAAUGCGGUUCUCUCUCUACUUCCUGGGCUUUGAGGACAAGAAGGAGAUUCCAGGUGAUGUGAAGGAGAGGACGGCAUGGACCUUCUCCCGGAGAGCCACAAUUGAGCUAACACAUAACUGGGGCUCAGAAACUGAUGACAGUCAGUCCUACCACAAUGGAAACUCAGACCCACGUGGAUUUGGUCACAUUGGCAUCGCUGUUCCUGAUGUGUAUGCAGCCUGCAAGCUUUUUGAGGAGCAAGGAGUGACCUUUGUAAAGAAGCCAGAUGAUGGUAAAAUGAAAGGCCUAGCAUUCAUUCAGGACCCGGAUGGUUACUGGAUUGAGAUCCUGAGCCCCAAUGGUAUGGUCCCCAUCUGCUCAAGUUGAACCUCUGGGAGUAGGAGUUGCGUUGACCAUCAUGUGCAAUUUAAGAACAUAUGGGAGAAAUAACUGGUGGUUUGCAAAAUGUGUAAUUACACAGGUCAGGAAUAUAGUGUAUUGAUUGAGGUCUUUCAUCCGAAGCACUUGGAUGAAUUGGGUGAUGACUAGUUGUGAUAACUGUGAUAACAGAUGCUACUAUGAAAUGUUGUUUCUAAUGCAUUAACAUUUUUGUCAAUUAUUGGUUAUUAAAUUGUUCUUAACACUA